AUGAGGCUAGUGCUCGUUGACCUCGGCGAGCACCACAUGUGGAUCACCUCCACUUCGCCGUCCGCCGCCGCCGCCAUAGCCGAAGAUGCUGAGUUCGGGCCCACCGUUCCCGUCCGGGCUCAUCAUGUAGUACGUCUCCGAGUCUUUCGACCCGACCACCCUCUCGAAGUGGGCCCGCAUGUACGUCAUCUCCCCCUCUUCGGGCCCCUCCCGGGCCACGGGCAGCACCCCAGCCCCCAUGGACGCGGCCCGCAGCAUCUGCAUCACCCUGAGAUCAUCCUCGGUGGGCUCCCGCCGCACCGCGUAGCCCACCUUGCGGCCGUUGCAGUACAUGCUCCAAAUGGGCUCGUCCGCCAGCCUCACUCUCUCGUUAUGGGCCUUCUCGCACUCCAGGGCGAUGCGGACGAGGCCCAGGCCCAUAUCCUGCAGGAGCCGGCCCGUUUGGAGGGACAAUUCCAGGACUAG